CUGGAUCUACUUAUGCUAAAAUAGUAAAGCAGACAAAACUAUCAAACUUUAUCCGAAGUCUUUCUUUCGGUCCCUGACAAUCUGUUUUGCAACUUUGGCUGCUCUUGUAGCUGACACAAUGUCUUCGCAGUUCAACAGAGGUCCAGCAUACGGGUUUUCAGCGGAAGUGAAAAGCAAGAUUGCACAGAAAUAUGACCCCCAGAAAGAGGAAGAGUUACGAAUUUGGAUCGAGGGCAUUACUGGGCGCUCAAUUGGAGAUGACUUUCAGAAAGGGUUAAAAAACGGUGUCAUACUCUGCGAGCUCAUAAACAAACUUCAGCCAGGGUCUGUGAAAAAGAUCAACCAAUCAUCCCAAAACUGGCAUCAGCUGGAGAACCUGACCAACUUCAUUAAAGCGAUCACCACCUACGGGCUCAAGCCUCACGAUAUUUUUGAAGCCAAUGAUCUGUUUGAGAACGGAAACAUGACACAGGUUCAGACCACCCUCCUGGCUCUUGCUGGCAUGGCUAAAACCAAGGGCAUCCACUCAAGUGUAGACAUUGGAGUGAAGUAUGCAGAGAGACAGGAGAGGGCAUUUGAUGAGGAGAAAAUGAAAGCCGGACAAUGUGUCAUUGGAUUACAGAUGGGAACAAAUAAAUGUGCAAGUCAAGCUGGAAUGAAUGCCUAUGGUACCAGAAGACACCUGUAUGAUCCCAAGUCACACAUUCUACCACCAAUGGACCAUUCAACCAUCAGUCUGCAGAUGGGCACCAACAAGGGUGCUAGCCAAGUAAGUACUAACCUCCCUGUGUCCUAUGAUAUUGCUUACUCAUUCUGAUCAGUGGUGUCAUUG